GGGGCAGGGGCGGACUGACAACUCAUGGGGCCCCCGGGCAAUAGGGGAUCAUCCAAACUCAAAAAAGCCUAUGAGAAAGGAAAAGCUUUGAAGUGGAGGUAUAGACAAAACACAAAAUAACCUAUGAUGCAUCCUUAGGCCUGUUUCACAUGGGCUUCAGCUUGUAUAAGGCUGGUUUCACACCAGGGGCGGACUGACAACUCAUGGGGCCCCCGGGCAAUAGGGGAUCAUGGGGCCCCUGUGUCCUUGCCCACACUCAAAGCACACCCAAAAAAGCCUAUAAAAGGUACCAGGGGCAUCUCAUGGGGCCCCUACUGAGUGCUCAAAUGGUCAGUCCGCCCCUGUUUUACACUGAUCCAUUUCGC